UGCAUCCGAAAUGCUGCAGUACUGGAGGCUUUACCUGCUCUCACUGGUGUUGGGGAUCGGGGGAUCGUUUCAGUAUGGCAUUCAAGUUUCUCUCAUCGCUUCACCAGCACAGCAUGUCCAGAGUUUUGUCAACUACACAUGGAUGUUGAGGUACGCCGCUCCAGUGGACGAUUCUACCAACCAGCUCAUCUGGUCCUUCAUCGUGGCCGUGCUAAGUCUGGGAGCCUGGGCUGGGGCCAUUCACAGCGGCAGCCUCCCGGUCAGAUAUGGCCGGAAAAAAGCUCUUCUGAUCAACAACGUUGUGGCGAUGGUCGCUGCCUUGCUCAUGGUCUUCAGUCGCAUGGCCAGGUCUUUUGAGAUGAUCUUGCUGGGAAGAUUUCUCUACGGAUACAAUGUUGGUCUCGGCCUCAGUGUCCACCUCAUGUACCUCGGGGAGAGUUCUCCAAAGAAACUAAGAGGUUUCAUGACGCUCACAAGCUCGAUCUUCAUCGGCUUCGGGAAAGUCGUGGGUCAGAUAAUUGGCAUCAAGGAGAUACUGGGAACAGAGGAAAUGUGGCCAUAUCUCUUAGCUGUCAGUGGUAUUCCCGCCAUCCUGCAGUUUGUGAUGCUGCUUUUCUUCCCUGAGGCACCUCGAUAUCUUUACAUUGAUAAAGGAGAUGCAGACGGCAGCGUAAAGGCAUUACAGUGGCUGUGGCAGGAGGACGACUUAAAGCAGGAGCUGGACGACAUGAGGAAAGAGAGGGAGAGCACACAGGGAGAGAAGGCCAAGAGCGUGAAGGAUGUGCUCAGCUCUCGCUGCGUGAGGUGGCAGCUCCUGACCCUCGCCAUCCCCUGCGCUGGUGUUCAGUUUUGUGGCAUCAAUGCUCUGUACUUCUACGCCUUUGACAUCUUCCGUGAGUCGGGAGUGCCAGAGAACCAGAUGCAUUACUUGGCAAUUGGUAUUGGAGCAACAGAGCUCAUCACCAUAACACUGUGUUCGUUCUUGAUCGACCGCGCUGGCAGAAAGAAGUUGAUGGGCUAUGGCUAUUUACUGAUGGGCAUCACCAUGUGUGUGCUGACUGUCAUGCUGUCCGUCAAGGAUCUGAAUUCAUGGAUCCCGUAUGUGAACAUCGCCCUGAUCUUUUGUGUCAUUUGCAUCUAUGGGCUCGGACCGUCUGGAGUGUCCAUGGCUUUACCUGCUGACCUCUUCCUACAAGCCUGGCGUCCUUCUGCUUACGUGAUCAGCGGGACCAUCAACUGGCUCGGCAUGUUCCUCGUUGGCAUGUUGUUCGGUUACGUGGUGGAUGGACUCGGGCAAUUCUGCUUCCUGAUUUUUGUGGUUUACUCAUUUUUCAGUGCAGCUUUCAUGAUGUAUUUUGUCCCAGAGACCAAAGGAAAGACGAUGGUGGAGAUCAUGGAGGACUUCAACAAACUGAACUUCAAGGACAGGGGAGACAACAUCAAAAAGAUAGAAAAUGCCCUGGAAACUCAAUUCUAACUGCUUCAGUUUUUUUUUUCUGCUGCUAUUUUCUUCCUAAACAUAUAUAACUCAUAGAACAAUCUCAAAUUUUCUGUUGUGUUUCAGUUUCUGACUUUACAGUUAAAAUUAUAUGUAGCUGAUGUGAACUAUUUUUACUGUAUUAUUUUAACCAAAAAGAAGUAAAAACUUGUGAUGAUAUUAAUGGGUGUAAUGACAGUAUUUGAAAGAUUGUUAUUCUUGGGUUGGGUCUUUGUGCUGCCUAUGGUUCAAGAUCCGUUCUGAAUGUCCUUUUCCGUUACAGCUUUUUUCCCCAAUAUCUAACCAAUAACAUAAUAAUAUCUAACCAAUCUUUCUCAAAAUUUAGAUUAAAACUAGAUUUAGAAAUUCAUUUUGUUGUUGUUGUUGUUGUUUUCUGGAUUUGCAGCAUAUCAUGAAAAUAUCAUGAAAUUGUGAACUUUAAACUAAACAGACAAACCUCUGUUACUCAUACUACUUUAAAAUGUGUUUUAUGGUGAGUUUAAAUAAAACUUUUGGACUUGG